AUGGAUAUUAUAGUGAUGGAUCAAAUUAAUGUUAGCUUUGUACAGCAUCAUGUUUAAAGUGUGAAAAUAAUCAUAAUGAUUGUACAGAAUGUAUCUCUACUUUUUACAUUAAGUUAGGAUAUCAAUUAUAAAUGCGAGUGUGAAUUUGGCUUUUUUUCGGUUGAUCCUCAAAAAGUUAAAAAUGUUAAAGUUCAUGUUAAACUUGUGAAUCAAAUAAGAAUCAUUGUUUAUCAUGCGUUGAUAUUAAUUAAAUAGUAACUGGUUUGCAUUAAUGCAUAUGUAACACAGGUUAGAUUUUUAAUACAAAUGGUAUCACAUGUAUCAAGUGUUAAUUAUCAUGUGAUUGUUGUAUAGAUACAAUCAAUAAAUGUGUAAGAUGUAAAGAUCAAAUACAUUAAUAACCUGAAUCUUGUUAAUGUGAAUAUGGAUGGAUAUUUGAUGAUAAUUACUUCUGCAUACCUUGUUUAGAACCAUGUAAAACUUGUGAGAUAUCUAUAGAUAGUUAUUAUAAUUCAAUAUUACAUCUAAAUGUUUAACUUUUACAGAUGCUAAUCAAGAACUAAAUAAUAUAUCAUAAUGCGUUUGCUAAUCUACUUAUUAUUCUAAUAAUUUAACAACAUGUAUAAAGUGUGAAUCACCUUGUUUUGAAUGUGAUAUAAAUGGAUGUAUCAAAUGAAUAGAUAUCAAUCAAAUCCUAGAUUCCAAUAAAUAGUGUAUUUGUAAAUCUGGAUAUCUCUAAUAAAAUUUUAUUCGUCUUCAAUGCUAAAAUCCUUGCGCUACAUGUAUUAAUUAUGUUAAUAAAUGUCUAACAUGCUUGGAUCCAAAUUAAAUAGUCCAAGAUAAUAAAUGUUUCUGUAAAGAAGGGUUUGAAUAAAAAGGAGAUUUUUGUUGUGAUAAAUAAUGUAUAGAUUAUCAAGGAAAUAAUUGUAAUAAUUGUGCUUUACUUAUCCAAAUUGCGAUAUAUGCUUCUAUGGAUAUUAUCUAUUGGAUUAGAAAUGUGA